AUGGGUGUAUUUCUCAAAGUUUUCUUCAUUCUUGCUAUUACAUUCUCAAUAACUUUUUCAAAUGCUGCGCAGUCUCACUAUUUUUCCUUCCACAAUUCCUACGACCUCCGACUCUCGAUCAAAAACAUGAUUUCCUACGUGAAGGGAGAUUAUAAAUGGGUUUCUGUUUCAACUAAAUGCUCAUCACCUGUCAGAAUAUACGUUGAAACGUUCUCGAAUGUCAUUUUCUCCCAGAAGGGACCGCAAAAACAAACGACAGUUACUUUUGAUUUGAAAGCAAUUGAGUCGUUGUUAACGUUCACAGGGAAAAAAGACGCCAAGAAAAAUGCAGAUAUAAUCUUGCUUCGGUUCUUUUCUACCAAAUCCACUCUCACAAAAUGCCAACUCACCUUCAAUUUACACACAAAGCUCAACAGUGAGAAUUUCCAAUUCAUUGUAUCCGACUCUUACGAGCGGCUGGAGCAGCCAUCGGAUCUUUCACAUCAAAGAAUCCGUUUCUACAUGAUUCUAUUGGCUGGUUUGCUGAUCCUCAUCUUCUCGUCCAGCGUCAUCGUAGGAUGUCUAACGUCUGAGGGUUUGAGCGAAGACGACAAUGUGGUUGAGAUGGGUGAGAUGACCGAAGUUGGCAACCAAUUAAUUUAA